CCAAAUAGAAUCUUUUAAAAUUUUAAUAAUAUAUAUGGACGAUUAAUAACAACAUUGAAUAUUUUCAGUGCUAAAAAAUCCGAAUUGUCCAAACGAAGAAUUAAAAUCUGCAGGCCCCAAAAACCUUCUAUCAGAUUAUUUAAUGUCCAAAUCCGAUUACUGAAAUCACGAAUGUUGUUUUAUUUUUAUCGAUUUACUUUUUUUUUACCAUCUCCAUUUUAUUUUACAGAUAUGAGUUUCCAAAAUUAUUCAAGUGCUGACUUCAUCAAUGGCCAACGCCCAAACCCUCCUGUGGUAAGAGGCCGACCCAGAGUAAACCCUCCGUCUGCUGCACAGAUUCCCACUGACGUACCUGUUCCAUCCU